UUCGACAUCACCCACACCCACCCACAAACUAUUCUUCCUUUCUUCUUCUCCUUCAUCAAUUACCUAUACACGUACUUGUACGCAUUCUUCUUACGCGAAUUGGGGCUGAGGGAGAUAUCAACCAAUCUAUAAACCGAAUGGGGCUGCAGCAAUCCAAGGAAGAAGUGUUGUAUGAGCAAGUCACUUGUGGAAACAUCGAAAGCAUCAGAGCUCUUCGAAGCGAAGGUGCUGGCCUUGAGUGGAAUGAUAAUGAAGGGAAGACUCCACUGGCGGUAGCAUGCAUGUCGCCUCGGCUUUAUACUGCUGCACAAACUUUGAUCGAGUUGGGUGCCAAUGUCAAUGCUUACUGUCCUGAGUUACCUUUGCCAAGUACUUGUGCUGGCGUUCUGCAGUGUUCCACUAUCCUGAGUUCAUUUUUUGAAAGGUCACUUUGGCGGGACUCCGCUGCAUCAUGCUGCAAGAAUGGGUAAUGAGCAUACUGUCAAGCUGCUGCUUCGACAUGGAGCAAAUGCAUUAGUAAUGAACGAUGAUUUUCAAACACCUCUAGACAUUGCUAGAGCCAAAGGCUAUGGUAGUAUUGUCCGAGCAAUUGAGGGAAAUGUGUGCUUAUUUUCUGGGUGGCUGAGAGAAAUUUAUGGGCCAGGAUUUGUUGAACUUCUGGCUCCUCACUUGUUGUCAAGAAGGGUAUGGGCCGUUGUUUUGCCAUGUGGUUCUCGGAAGCUUCGGAAACCUUUCAGGUUGGAGCUUGCAAUGUAUUCAGAUGUACAGGAUGCCCAACCACGCACGAUUGUUCCAUUAUGGAAGGCCAAUCUAGAAGAACCAAAUUUUAACCAGCCUGAUCUGGAGGUUAUCAUAUCAGAUAUUUCAAGAAUACCGAGGCGCUGGAAGAGGAGACGGGCCAUAAGAUCUUCCCAAGAGUCCAGAAGUACACACAUUAAAUUUGUACCUGUGCAAGGAAGCGAGACACUGCAAUUGCAACGUUUCUCGAAUGCCUGUAAAGGAAUUCCACAGGCGGUGCAACCAUCAUUUCCAUCCGACUUUCCUGUCCCUACUGCUCCUGCAAACGCGCCAUCAGCUCCCAAUGAUGACUCACAUCCAUCCGCCUUACACGAAAGAUCCCCAACACAUAUGGAUGCAUCAACAAGUUUAGCCUACUCGACAAAUAAUUGUUGUCGUAAAGAGACCUUCAUCAGUGGCGCCUUUAAUACCCACACACCAAAUGGAAGCGUAGUCGAGUCUCAGAUAUCCAGUCCAUCUAACAAUCCACCUCAACCCUUCCAAAUCCCUUCGGCCAUCCGAACACCUCGCGAAAAUCCUUGUCAGGUCUUCGCUCCAUCAGCUCCUCCUGCAAAAGGAAACGGCACGGUUCAGUAUCCAUCAAUCGACACAAGUGUGGUUGACAUAUCCUCUCCUCCAGUGGAAGCAAUCCCCGAUUGUGCACAAGACAAGAAAGAUGAUAGUGCAGCCUCGUCUUGCACGAUCUGCCUGGAUGCUCCCAUUGAAGGAGCUUGCAUCCCGUGUGGCCACAUGGUUGGAUGCAUGAUGUGCUUGACCGAAAUCCACGACAAGAAAUGGGGCUGCCCGGUCUGCCGUGCUCCUAUCGAUCGCGUGGUUCGGAUAUAUUCGGGUUAGUAAUGCUGGUAAGAGAGCUGAUUCCCAUUAAGCUUUCUUGAUAUCUGCUUGGUCCUGUUGUGUUGUGCUGUUUGAUAUCUGGUUAAAAGAUGAUUUUAGAAUGUUUUCUAUGGAACAUCAGAGGAUUAGUAGUUUGGCAAAUCCUAUGUUAAGACACAUAUAUUAUAUAUAUCGAGAGAGAGAGCUUCACUAUAAAUUAUUAUUUAAUAAUCAUGUUAUUUAUUAUAAACAUGAGUUUUUAAAUGAUUAUUUGUAGUAAACUUGAGUA